AUGACUGCUGUCAAUUUUGUCUCGCUUAUUUCCAGGGACGACAGGCCUCUUUAUAUACAGCUGUUUGAUGUGGCAGCGCCAUCUGAUGACGGCGGCGUGUCCAAAGACGAUGCUAAUAAGUUUUUGAAGUAUAACUUCCUAUCGCAUAUGGCGCUAGAUGUGUUUUCGUCGCCCAUGUCGCUUAACCUAAGAGAGCAGCAGCAGCAGCAGAAGCAGCAGCAGCAGCAACAGGGUCUGGCUCAGGGUCUGGCACUGGCUGAUGGAAUCCUUCUAUUGUUCAUUCAGGACGAAGUCAUGGUUUAUGGAAUGGAAACGAAUAAUGGGCUUAAGAUCGUUGUUGGGUUGAGUUCGGGCGAACCGUUGAUGACGAGCUUGAAGACCUUGUUCUCGUCCUUGUAUAAGUGCUACUUGAAGACGAUUUGUAAUCCGUUUACGGAUCUUCAGAAUGCUGGCAGCGAUGAGAUUUUGCAGAGCCCACGGUUUGAUCUGGGCGUUAAGGGCAUUGUUGAGCUGUGGAAGGGUGGUGCUGUUGCUGCCUAG